AACUACGAUCUUUCGGAUUACAGCAUACGGGUGAGAGACUCGUCCCACCCACCACAAGCUAAAGUAGUUUUUUUUUUUUUUUUAAUUUUCAAAUAUGAUAAUGCCAUUAAAGCAUAAAAUGGGCAUUAACAUUCCAUUAGCUACAUACGAGAAAGGCGCUUUGAGCGAAAUAUUUAUAGUUUGUCUAAUAUUGGGAAAUGAAUCCAUCAACUCAGAGAGGCGGGUGUCAUCGUUGUCCCACUCGCCACUUUUGGAAAAUGUCAAUUUUCUGUGUAAAUUAUAAAAUUAAGUUUUAUACUUUAUUAGUUUCGUAAUAAUCUGAUAUCUGACUUCAAAUGUUCAGAUUUUGAGACUUAUCCAAUAAAUGGUUAAAGAGAAAUGAAGUUUGAGCAAAACCAAUUUAAAAUGUCCCACCCAUCACGUUUGAAUGCCCCGUUUCCAUAAAUUUAUUCAUUUUGUACACUCCCGUCUAAAGCUAUUGAUUUCGCAGCAGAAUUACACCAAUUCACUGAUCCUAGAACCUAGCAAAUUUGGCACGUAUUGAAAAGAAAUAGGGAUCAAUUAGAAAAUGGAAUGCAAAAAUUAGAGCCAAUGUCGUAUUCACAAUUGUCUAAUUCACGAUAUUACACAAAAUCAACAGAAAAUUAAGGACGGUACAAUCAUCCACAUUGUAAAAUGAGCAAAAUUGUAAAAUGUGGUAGAUUUUAGGUUUACGGUGGUAGAUGUGGUAGAAACGCAAUUUAGCAAAAAAAAAGUGGUAGAUCUACCACAAAAGUGGUAUAGUCACCACACUGUACGAUACGCUUGCAAGGGUUUAUCGUCUAUCGUAUUAAAGUUCAUAAGAUAAGUGACUUCAGAUUCGUAAUCAGCGACCCAAAAAUCCCCUAGUCAUUUGCAGAUACUACACAGGAACCAAUGACGUCUCUUCUUGACUUGAAUGACGAUUGUCUCUUCGAAAUAUUCAAGUAUCUCAACCUCAUGGAAACAUUUAAUGUACUCGAUCUUCGCAAUUCUCGACUUACGGGGAUCGCACGUCAAAGAAUCGCCACAUUCAAGGAGCUAAAUAUUCAAAUACGAGAACUUCCGAACUUCACAUGGACGCAGCUAAAAAUUAUCGGUAAGAAUUUGCGCAUCUUCAGUUUAAUCGUAGGCUAUUCAAUACCAACGCAAACGGUGCUAAAUAUUAUAAAGCCACUUUGUCAGGGAGCUGCCUUAACUGCACAACUGCGAGAAUUUUCGCUUAAUUAUGUCUACUUUAAUGAAGAAUUCUGCCAGUGUAUCGGGGAUGCUGUGACAAAAGUCCAGAGAGUAAAUUUAAGCUACUGCCAACUUACGGAUGAGAUCCUAUCCGAAUUCCUCAAGAAGUGUGUUAGCUUAAGAGAGUUAUAUAUUUUGGGAAAUUAUACGCUAAACGGCGAUUUUCUACGCAAUUUUCACACGCCUUCCUUACGGACAAUCAGGCUGGAAUUGCAUGCGGCAUGGACUUUCCCCCUUGGAGAAUUCAAAACCAAAUAUCCAAACAUUCUAUUGAUAACAACGUGAUUUUCUGGGUGAUUAUAGACAAUUUUUACAAACUUGUUUAAUAUUCGGUGCAACGAAAGAGGAAAAUAAAAUAAACAAAUAAGGAUAACUCAAAAUAUGAAUUAUAAACCCUUUUAUUUGUAUUGAAAUAUAUAUAAAUCGAAAACAUUUUCUGUCCUCAAUUGAAGUCAGAGCAAACUAAGCAAAGUGGACGCAUACAUAGUUAUUAAAAUGCUGUCAUGUUGGGUUUAUAUUUGGGCACUAUGCACACGAUACAUAAAGUGGUCGCAAAUGCAAGCGGCAAAAUUAGUUCAAAGACCGAUUUCGGUCCUGUCAUACGCGCCAAUUUACAUUGCGAGCCAUACUUACUUUCCUAGUUGCAAAUUGUCUGAUUUAUUGCAAUGUUUGCGUAG